CACCUGCUGCUCCUCUCGCUUUUCUCGUCGUCGCGCGUCGGGCGCCUCCUCGGGGAACGGGCGCGAUGGAGCCUCUGCCGCUGGCGUUGGGAUUGGCUGCGUUGCUGGCAGGCCUUUCUUGCAGUGCGCUGCAGGUCCAGGUUGGAACAAAGUCGGUGGUGGUGAUUCAAGGACAGCGGGCCAUCCUGCCCGUUUGGUAUACACCUGAGAGCACUGAGCAGCCCUUUGUUACAUGGCACCUUGAAAGGCCCCAUAAACAUUCACAGGUCGCCAUGGAAGCAGCAGCGGCCCGGCGAUGGAGUGCGCACGCACGACAUUUUGCGCAGACGCACUCCAUCGCGACGUCACAAUGCAACAUCACAACGCCCUGCCCCCAGGGGGUGCCUCCGUUUGCUGCCCCAGGUAGCGAGGAGGCUUCCUCCGCCCCUGCACACAGCGUCUGUAUGGGCGCCUGUAUGGGCAGCCGUGUGUGCACAGUCCGUUCAGAUGCCGUGCGUGUGUCACCGGGUGGUUCGCCCUGCCCCUCGGUGUUCCGCCCCGGCCUUGUUUCUGUUGUAAUUUUUGCAGACCGCAAGAGGGGGAUUCUGAGGCUAAACAACCUCACGGCGGGUAUGUCUGGAACCUAUUUCUGCAAUGCUUCCAGCGAUGCUGGCUCUUCCAGCUGCACCAUCGCCCUGGAGGUGUAUCCACCGAUCAAUGGAGCCAUGGUGGCUGGUGCCGUCAUAGGAGCCCUCAUUGGACUUGGCCUGAUCAUUUUGUUUCCACUUCAGAUGCUCUUCUACAGAAGGAAGAAGAAAGAAGCACAGGAGGAGAUGGCCAAUGAGAUCAAGGAAGAUGCUGUUGCCCCAAAGACUCUUUCCUGGGCGAAAAGUCCUGGCUCUGAUAUCGUCUCCAAAAAUGGCACCUUGUCCUCCAUGAACACGACCCGGGAUCACAAACUCUACCCGUCCAAGCCGCCCUCAGACACGGCCUCCAUCACCACAGCCACUGGCAGCACGGUGGGCUACAAGCCCCCUUUCAGCAACCACCGCAGCGGGACCCACACGCCGACGCCCAGCCUCUCCAGCCAGUCCUUGCCCCUCUACUUCCCACCAAUGGCAAACGGGGUCCAUUGCCACCACGCCAAUGUGCCAAUCCAUAGGAACACCCUCCACAGGACAAACGGGGCUCAGCCACAGGCCCCCCGACUACACGAGCCUGCCGCCCCCACCCAAGGGCUCACCUCCUCCACCCUGAGCCGCAUGGGGGCCGUACCCGUCAUGGUGCCUGCUCAGAGCCAAGCGGGAUCCUUGGUGUAAGGGCUUGGCAGCGCCCUCCAAGUGGUUCUAGCAAUCCCAUGCGAUGCAGAGAGGCUGGAAGCACUGGCUCUGGGAUGUCUGCCUGCCUGCCUGCCUGCCUGCCUUCAGAGCUCCUGGUCGAGGUUUUGCAGGUGUGUCCUUCGAAGGAGCAGUUUUCAAGGAACCGCCAUCAAUGAGACUUUGCAAGGACUUGUGAGACGGGCUUUUUUGUAACACCUUUCAGAACUCUUCCUCUUGGUGCCAGAGUUGUGUCCGAGAGCUCUCUUGGCAGCAGAGGCUGCAUCUACUCGAACAAAUACCAGAGGGUCUUUGCUUUGCUAUGCAGGAUGUGAUUCAUUCCUUUUUGUCUCUCUCUUAUUGGAGGAAGCAGCUGUGCUGGGAUUGGCUAUCUUCACUUGGAAAAAAUGUGCCAGGGCUGAUCUGAAACCUGCAGCCAGAGUGGGGUGCUUCCUUGCCCCCACCUUUCCUGGGAGCAGUCCAAAAGAAUUUGAGGGCAUUGGGUGCUCUGGAGGCGAUGGCAAAUAAAUAUUGCAGUUUAGGUUAAAGGGAAGAGGGGUGUGUGUUCUCUGAACUUGAAUUAGCGCGGGAAAGCUGCAGAACGACACCUCUCCUUUUUUUCAAGUUUCUAGACCAUGGGAGAUUCUUCAGAGUCAGAGGAGGGCGCUGUAGGAUAUCCAAUGUCUGGGGCACCUUUAGAUCAUUGGCCGCUCUGCAUAACUUGGCUGAAGCAGAAUGAAUUAGGCAAGCAAAGGAAAUGAAUGCACAUUAGUUUGGUUUGCAAAAUGUUUGCAGCUUGUCUCUUGCUGCAGAAUUAGUAUUAUCUCGGCACAGAGGACACCCAGCCCUGGACAAAGAGCUUCGGUAGUCCACUUUCUGUUCUGAAAUUGCUUAUAUUAUUAUUAUCAUCGGGAGUGGGGGAAUGGAAUGGGGUGUCUUUCAUAGUAUUCCAACCUUGUUGGCCAGUGUAGGUGCCACUCGAAAUAGCAAGAGCCCUCUGGCCACCUGCAGUUCCCAGUUAUUCAGAUAUGAAUGUUGGUGUGUCAAUUGGAUCAUUUUCUGUUCGCUAUCAAGAGUCCCUGGGAGGGGAGACCAGGCAGGUUAGGCUGAGAGCCUGUGAUUUGCUUUGUCACUGAGCAGGAAUCCCCCUGCACAAAAGUGGCCAGCAAAGGGAGGGAGGGUGCCCUUGGCUUUUCUGUUUGUUGCCAUAUAGGUGACCAACUAUUACUGCUAUUUUUAAAUAAGGAAAGAAAUGCAAGUUUUACAACUGCAAAUAGUGUU